AUUCCAUGUGGAUUGUGAUAAUCUAAAAAAAUGUUUAAAAAUAUUGCAACUAUAAUUAAAAGAAAUUACGCCUGUAAUCAUAAUAAUAAUAUAUUAAAUAUACUUAAAUCCGGCCAAGUCGGUACUGAAAUAGUAGUCCAAGGAUGGGUGAAAUCGAUGAGAAAUCAGAAAGAAAACGUUUUUAUAGAUAUAAAUGAUGGUUCUACGGAUAAAAAGUUGCAAAUAUUCAUACCGCAAAAAAUAACACCUUAUGGGGUAAAUACAGGAUCUUCGAUAAGAGUAAUGGGGGUUUUAAAGCAUUCUCCUAAGGGGCAGUUGGAGUUAAACGCGGAAAAUAUUGAUUUAAUAGGGGAAUGUGUUUUAUCAAAAGGUUACCCUUUCAUGCCAAGAAAACAGUAUACAUUAGAGUAUAUUCGCCAGUAUCUACAAUUUAGGCCAAGGACAAAUAAGUUUAGCUCUAUGCUUCGAGUGAGAAGUGCUGCAAAUUUAGCAAUACAUAAUUUUUUUUGUAAUGAAGGUUUUUUAAAUGUACAGUCACCAAUAUUGACUUCAAAUGAUUGUGAGGGAGCAGGAGAGGUUUUUAAGGUUAUACCAGAAAGUAAAGAGAUUAUUAAAAGUAUGAUAAAAGAGGGUCUAAGUUUGGAUGAGGGUUUUUUCAAUACUAAAGCUUUUUUAAGUGUUUCUGGUCAGUUACACUUAGAAGCAGCUUGUCAUGGUUUAGGGUCUGUAUACACUUUUGGGCCAACUUUUAGAGCUGAAAAUUCCAGAUCUAGGCUUCAUUUAUCAGAAUUUUAUAUGCUAGAAGCUGAAAAGGCAUUUAUUGAAAACAUAGAUGGGAUUAUGAAAAUAAUAGAAAGUCUAUUAAAGAGUAUAACACAAAAUAUACUAGACACAAAUCAGGCUGAUAUAGAGGUCUCUUCUGAAUCACCACAAAGUGAUUUUCAUUGGUUAGAUAAGAAAUUUAACGUGUUAACUUAUGAUGAAGCCGUUAAAAUAUUAGAAAACAAUAAAAAUAAGUACAAAGAACCUUUUGAUACCAAUGAUGGAUUUGCUAAAGAACACGAAAUUUUUUUGGUGUCACACCUAGGUAAUAUUCCCACUUUUGUGAUAAAUUGGCCCAAAAAUAUGAAGCCUUUCUACAUGAGGGAAUUUUCAGAUAAUACAGAAAAAGUUUCAGCCCUGGAUCUUUUGGUUCCAAAUGUGGGGGAAUUAGUUGGGGGAAGCCUCCGUGAAAAUAGCUAUGAAAAAUUAAAGGAAAAAAUUCCAGAAGGUACUAAUUUAGACUGGUAUUUAGAUUUGAGGAAAUUUGGGGGAGUUCCCACAGGAGGUUUUGGGAUGGGAUUUGAAAGAUAUAUACAAUUUAUUACAGGGAUUACUAAUAUUAAGGAUGUUAUACCAUUUCCCAGAUGGCCCCAUAAUUGUAGUCUGUAAGAUAAAUGAAAAAGUUUUAUUAAAU